AUGGCUGAAGAAAAUCGGAAUGAAUGGUCGGACAUUUUAAAAAGGAGAUUAGCAAACUCCAAUACAGAUGAAAGAAGCGAAGAGGAUAAAAAAUCUGAAGAAAUGGUGCUAUUUAGCAAAUAUUAUUCUGAAUGGAAGGGCGGAAGUGAAAAAAUGAAGUCCUACAAGAAAAUUCCACGAUUCUACUUCAGGCUACCAGCGGAGGAUGAAAUUUUGCUCCAGAAACUGAGAGAAGAAUCUAGAGCGGUGUUCCUCCAGAGGAAGAGCAGAGAGCUGUUGGAUCAUGAGGAACUUCAGAAUCUCUGGUUUCUGCUUGAGAAGCAUCAGGUGCCACCAGUCAAUAGUGAAGAGGCCAUGAUCAGCUAUGAAGCCUACCUGCAGGUGGGCGAAAUGGCUGGGCCCAAGUGCAACAAAUUCUUCACAGCCAGAAUUUAUGCCAAGCUUCUCCACAGCGACCCCUACGGCAGGAUCUCUAUCAUGCAGUUCUUCAAUUAUGUCAUGCGGAAAGUGUGGUUGCAUCAGACUCGGAUUGGACUGAGUCUUUAUGAUGUGGCGGGACAGGGCUUCCUCAGAGAGUCCGAUCUGGAAAACUAUAUAUUGGAGUUGAUACCAACACUACCUCAGCUGGAUGGACUAGAGAAGUCUUUUUACUCUUUUUAUGUCUGCACUGCUGUCCGCAAGUUUUUCUUUUUCCUGGACCCACUUCGUACAGGAAAGAUUAAAAUCCAGGACAUCUUGGCAUGCAGUUUUCUGGAUGAUUUGUUAGAGUUAAGAGAUGAGGAGCUGUCAAAAGAGAGUCAGGAGUCCAAUUGGUUCUCAGCACCUUCAGCGCUUAGAGUCUAUGGCCAGUAUCUCAACCUGGAUAAGGACCACAAUGGUAUGUUGAGCAAGGAGGAGCUGUCACGCUAUGGCACAGCCACCCUCACCUCAGUCUUUCUUGAACGAGUGUUUCAGGAGUGCCUCACUUAUGACGGAGAAAUGGAUUAUAAGACUUAUUUGGACUUUGUCUUGGCAUUGGAAAACAAGAAGGAGCCAGCAGCAUUGCAGUACAUUUUUAAACUUUUAGACAUGGACAAUCAAGGGUACCUCAAUGUCUUCUCCCUCAACUAUUUCUUCAGGGCUAUCCAAGAACAGAUGAAAGUACACUGUCAAGUGCCUGUCUCCUUCCAGGAUGUUAAGGAUGAAAUCUUUGACAUGGUGAAACCUAAAGACCCCUGUAAGAUCACACUCCAGGACUUGGUGAACAGUUGCCAGGGUGACAUAGUCACCAGCAUCCUGAUUGACCUCAAUGGCUUCUGGACAUACGAGAACAGAGAGUUGCCUGUUGCCAACGAUGGCGACGGCAUCAACGCAGCCAGUCAUGAUGACUACUGA